AUGGAGAAAGUGGUUGUCGGCGUCCCUAAACCUUUCAUUCGGCUGCGAGCCGAAAUCUUCUUCUUCUUAAUCAGGAGCUUCCUAGACCAGGACUUCAACCUCAAGGAGUUCAGCGAGGGGGCCAGACAAGCUAUCUCAUUUGUUUCUAGACUGCUGUCUCAGCGCAAAUUUGAUGAAUUAGAAAAUCUUGUGGCCAAGGAGAUCCUGACGGACUUGAAAGAAAAAUGUUCAGUACUGUCUGACAACUACAGGAAAGCUCUGCUAGUCGAGUCAGAUGAAAUAAAGGGCUUGUCUCCUUGGAAUGUUAAUGUACAGUACGACAAUGGAAGAAAGUUUGUCAAUAUACUUAUGUAUUUUUGGUAUGUGAAGGAUAUGGACCUUCUGGCUGAAGACACAUCGGCAGUACCACUCUUCCAAGUGGUCUAUGGAAACCAUAAUAUAAUGGACACACAGCGUAUCCUCAUAGCAACCUAUGAGUUCACCAGAGAAUUUACUCAGGGGGUAAAGCCAGACUGGAUCAUCACACACAUUCAGCAUUCAAAAGUAUUAGAGUGAACGGAAUACACAUUAUCAUGAAGCUUCUA